AUGAUCGUGCAGGUCGGUCAGGCCGGGGGGCGUUUUGUCGUUGAAUCUGGUGCUGUGGUGGCGGCCGUUGAAGAAAACGUGGAAAACAAAGGAGAGAUGAGGGCGUCGAGAUCGUGGGGGUUUCGAGCAAUGGUCCGAAUUGGGGGGGGGGACGAUAGAGGGCAACGCUGUUACGAAAACGAGCGAUUGGCGAGGAAGGAGCAACAGGCAGGGAGGCGUGCGACGUAG